UUGGAAAUUGUAGAGAAAGUUCUCUCUUUCUCUCAGGGCCUUCUCCUGCAAGAGUCAUGGCUGCUUGUUCCUUCAACAGGUCCAUGGCUCUGUGCCUUCUAUGGUCAGCCACCCUUGCCUUGUGUUUAGUUUCUUCCUUGGCAAAUCUUCAUCGGAUCAAUCAUCCAGUGAACUCCGAUUCACUCCGGAUUUUAGUCGUCGGAGAUUGGGGAAGGAAAGGACACUACAAUCAGACUCUAGUUGCAGAUCAGAUGGGAAAGGUCGCAGAAGAGCUUGACCCAGCUUUCAUUAUCUCCACCGGCGACAACUUCUACAGUAACGGACUGACCGGCACCGAUGACCCGCAAUUUGAGGAGUCAUUUUCCAAAAUCUAUACUGCUAAAAGCCUGCAAAAGCAAUGGUACAAUGUUUUGGGCAACCACGACUACAGGGGUGAUGUAGAGGCCCAAUUGAGUCCAGUUCUUAACAAGCUUGAUAAAAAAUGGUUUUGCAUGAGAUCUUUCAUUGUUAAUACAGAACUUGCAGAGUUCUUCUUUAUUGACACUCCUCCAUUCGUAGACAAGUACUUUACUCAUCCAGGGGAUGAUACCUAUGACUGGAGGGGUAUUACUCCUAGUAGACAAGAAUAUCUGAGUAACAUUAAGAAGGAUCUUGAUUCAGCAUUGAAAGAGUCGACGGCAAAGUGGAAGAUCGUCGUUGGUCAUCAUACAUUGAGAAGUGCUGGCCAACAUGGUGACACCAUUGAGCUUGUGAAGGAGCUUCUCCCAAUCCUUAAGGCCGAUGAUGUUGAUCUUUAUAUUAAUGGACAUGACCAUUUGGUGCAACACAUCAGUAGCCGAGACAGUAAACUUCAAUACUUUACCAGUGGAGGUGGUUCAAAGGCAUGGAGAGGUGACUAUGAUCUGAAGAAAGAGGGGCUGAAAUUCUUUUAUGAUGGGCAAGGAUUCAUGACUGUAGAGAUUACCGAAACCGAUGCGGAGCUGAUCUUCUAUGAUGUUUUUGGCAAAGUUCUCUACAAAUGGAGUGUGUCCAAGGCCUACACAGCCAUAUAGUUGGCUUGCUGUACUAAAACCUUUCUGUUAUAGCCAUAUAGGAUAUAUGUGUUAGAUGCAUGUAUACUCAAGACAAACAAGAUUAUGUUCUUAUUGAAGAUAUGGGUAUCAAAGAAUCAAACUGAACUUUUUGAAAUA